CGGGAAGAAAGCCCUCGUUCCAUUUUGCGGGAAAUCAGUCUCCUUCUCGUCAGCGACAGUGCAGAGGGAAGGGGAAGAAGAAGAAGGGCGGGGAAGCACAAACAGGAAGGAUGUCGCUGAAAAUGCUGAAUCCGAACGCCGACGUUCUGAAUAAGAACGCGGCUCUGCACAUGAACAUAAACGCGGCGAAGGGUCUGCAGGACGUCUUGAAGACGAACCUCGGCCCCAAGGGAACCAUCAAGAUGCUCGUCGGCGGCGCUGGCGACAUCAAGCUCACCAAGGACGGCAACACCCUUCUCAAGGAGAUGCAAAUUCAAAAUCCAACGGCCAUCAUGAUAGCAAGAACAGCAGUUGCCCAGGACGAUAUAAGUGGAGAUGGCACAACCUCAACGGUGCUCUUUAUUGGUGAACUCAUGAAGCAGUCUGAGCGUUACAUUGAUGAAGGAAUGCAUCCCCGUGUACUAGUUGAUGGGUUUGACAUUGCCAAGAGAGCAACCCUUGAGUUUCUGGAGAAAUUUAAGACGUCUGUUGUUAUGGGCAAUGAGCCUGAUAAAGAGAUGUUGAAGAUGGUAGCAAGGACAACUGUUAGGACAAAGUUGUAUGAAGCAUUGGCAGAUCAGCUGACCGACAUUGUCGUCAAUGCAGUGCUUUGUAUUCGUAAACCUGAUGAACCUAUAGACCUCUUUAUGGUGGAAAUCAUGCACAUGAAACACAAGUUUGAUGUGGACACACGUUUGGUUGAAGGUCUUGUUCUAGAUCAUGGAUCUAGGCAUCCAGAUAUGAAAAGACGUGCAGAAAACUGCUAUAUACUUACCUGUAAUGUAUCCUUAGAAUAUGAAAAGAGUGAAGUAAAUGCUGGGUUUUUUUACUCAAACGCAGAGGAGAGGGAAAAGAUGGUUGCUGCUGAAAGGCAGCAAGUGGAUAUGAAAGUCCAAAAGAUAAUUGAGCUUAAGAAUAAGGUCUGUUCUGGAAAUGAUAGCAACUUUGUUAUAAUCAAUCAGAAAGGAAUUGACCCACCUUCACUGGACUUGCUUGCAAGGGCAGGGAUCAUUGCUUUGCGAAGGGCAAAACGGAGAAACAUGGAGCGGCUUGUCCUAGCUUGUGGAGGAGAGGCAGUGAAUUCCGUUAAUGACUUGACUCCAGAAUGUCUUGGAUGGGCUGGACUUGUUUAUGAGCACGUUCUUGGAGAGGAGAAAUAUACAUUUGUUGAGAAUGUGAAGAACCCUAAUUCAUGUACCAUAUUAAUAAAAGGUCCAAAUGAUCAUACCAUUGCUCAGAUAAAGGAUGCUGUUCGUGACGGUUUGAGGGCUGUCAAAAAUACAAUUGAGGAUGAAGCAGUUGUACUGGGUGCUGGGGCGUUUGAGGUUGCAGCUAGACAAUACCUGGUUAACACCAUUAAAAAGACUGUGCAAGGGCGUGCCCAGCUUGGAGUUGAAGCCUUCGCGGAUGCGCUAUUAGUUAUUCCUAAAACUUUGGCUGAAAAUUCUGGACUUGACACGCAGGAUGUUCUAAUUGGCCUUCAGGCUGAGCAUGAUCAGGGCAAUGUUGUGGGUUUAAACCAUCACACCGGGGAGCCCAUCGACCCACAAAUUGAGGGCAUCUUUGACAAUUAUUCGGUGAAACGGCAGAUCGUUAAUUCUGGGCCUGUUAUUGCUUCUCAGUUGCUUCUUGUUGAUGAGGUCAUUCGAGCUGGUCGCAAUAUGAGGAAACCCAGCUAGUGUCGACAGCCAGUGAAUUUUGUAACCAUAGAGUGGAAAUUAUUCAAAUUUUGGCUUAUGAUAAGCAUAGAAUCUUUCUGAUGGGACUGACUGUUUUGGUUUCAGUGAAAGCGCGAGUCUUGUGUCCUAUUGCCGUGUGGGUCGUUCUGUGCAACCAUUUCUGUUCUGUCAAUGAGAAUGAUCAGUUUUUCCUUUUGACAAAAA